CGUGUAUUGUACAAGCGUCGAGCAUGGGCCUCUGUGCUGAUUCAGUGAAGGAUGAAAAGGAUGAGAAAUGUGCACACAAGAAUUUUUCCAGGCUCAGCGCAGCCAGUUGGUGGGGCAGCUGGCCUUAAGGUCGUUGGAGAACUUUGAAAGUAUCUUGGACUAUUUGUUGUCUUGGGAAGUGCUUACUUGGGAGGAUUAUGAGAGUGUAAGCCUCCCUGGGCAGCCCCUGUCCACUCUGGCUCGACGCCUCUUGGAUAUUGUCUGGAAUAAGGGAGGGCAAAGCUGUGAACUGCUCUUUGCUGCAGUGCGGAAGGCAGAGGGAGCGGAUGAUCAAACAGAACCACCGAGGCAGUGGAGUCAGAAUGUGUCCUGUCCAGCCCAGGACCUGCAGAGACAUAGGCCAGUGAUUGUCAGAAAAAUCUAUGGCCAUGUGGAAGGCAUUUUAAACCUCUUACUGGAACGUGGUUUCAUCACCAAGUAUGAAUGUGAUGAAAUCAGGCUGCCGAUAUUUACGUCAUCUCAGCGGGCAAGAAGGCUCCUUGAUUUUGCAAAAGGAAAGGAAAAUGGAGUGGCCCACUUUCUCCUCCAACAUGUCCAUCAGUUACCUGUCCUGCCAGCCCCAUUCCCCGAAGCUAUCAUAUGUAAGAAGUAUGUGGCCAAGCUGAAGGCCACGGUGUCCGCCCAUUCUCGUUUCCUUAGCACCUAUGAUGGCACCGAGAAUCUAUGCCUCGAAGACAUAUAUAUAGAGAACAUCUUAGAGAUCCGGAAGCCCCUUGGUGUCAGUGCCCCAAGCCAGAAGUGCCACGAGGCCCUGGAGCUCCCAGACAUCUUCAGUGACAGUGGUUGUGUCAAUAAAGAUGCUGACACCGUGCUGCUGGUGGGAGAAGCCGGUAGUGGGAAGAGCACGCUCCUGCAGCAGCUCCAUGGCCUGUGGGCCACAGGCCGGCAUUUUCACGAUUUCCUCUUUGUCUUCCCAUUCAGCUGCCGACAGUUGCAGUAUGUUGACAAGCCAGUCUCGGUGCAGAGCCUGCUGUUUGAGCAGUGUUGCUGGCCAGAUGAGGGCCAACAGCAGGUCUUCCAAUACCUCCUUGAUCAUCCCAACCAGGUCUUGCUCACUUUUGAUGGAUUUGAUGAAUUCAAGUUCAAAUUUACAGACAGGGAGACUCACUGUUCCCCAACUGAUCCUACCUCUGUCCAGAACCUGCUCUUCAACCUUCUUCGGGGCAAUCUGAUGAAGAAUGCCAAGAAGGUGCUGACAAGCCGGCCCCAUGCCAUCAACCCUUUCCUCAGGAAGUAUGUCCAGAAGGAACUUACCCUCAAGGGCUUCUCCCAGGACGGGAUAGAGCUGUUCAUGAGAAAGCAUCAUAGCGACCCUGAGGUCGCAGAUCGGAUCGUCCAUCUGGUAAAAGCCACCCCGGCCCUGCACGGCUUGUGCCAUGUGCCCGUCUUCUCCUGGAUCGUGUUUAAGUGUCACAAGGAGCUCCUACUGCAUGGAUGCGGCUCCCUGAAGACGACCACAGACAUGUAUCUUCUGAUCCUGCGUCAUUUUGUGCUGCACACCUCCCCGGAGGACGCAGGGUGUUGCCCUGGCACCACCACCCUUCGGCCUUGGCUCCCCACCAUCUUGCAUCUGGGCAGACUGGCCCUGUGGGGCCUGGGGACGUGCAGCUAUGUGUUCUCUGCAAAGCAGCUCUGGGCAUCUGGGUUGGAUGAGGGGGACCUUUCCCUGGGCUUCCUGGUACGAUCUAAGAGCUUCUCUCAGGAGAGCUCGGUUCCAUUGGAGUUCCUGCACAUCACUUUGCAGUGCUUCUUUGCCGCUUUCUAUCUACUGCUUGGCGCUGAUGUCACCCCCUCGGCGAUCAGAUGCUUGUUCAGCCAUCACAAGAAGCCCAGUCGGCCCCUGGCUAGGCUGCUUCCCAUGUCCUGUAUCCAGUCCCCUGAACGAGAGGAGGCUAGUGUCAGGGCCCUCCUGCUGAAAGCUGAACCCCACAACAUCCAGAUCACUGUCAUUUUCCUGGCUGGCCUGCUGUCCCAGGAGCACUGGGGCCUGUUAGCAGAGUGCCAGGGGGCCUCCACCCUCCUCCUCCAGAAACAGAGCCAGGUCCGGUGGUGCCUGGCCCGAGGCCUCAGGAAGCACUUCCAUUCUAUCCCACCGGCUGUGCCCGGUGAGGUCAAGAGUAUGCACGCCAUGCCUGAGUUUGUCUGUUUGAUCAGGAGCCUCUAUGAGAUGCAGGAUGAGCUCCUGGCCCGCAAAGCCGUGUGCAAGCUGGAGGUUGGCCACCUGAAGGUGACCUAUUGCAACAUUGGUCCUGCGGAAUGUGCUGCCUUAGCCUACGUGCUGAAGAACCUGCAGCAGCCUGUGGCCUUACAGCUGGAUUACAAUUCGGUGGGAGACAUUGGCGUGGAGCAGCUCUUGCCGUGCCUACACGUGUGCCAGGCUCUCUACUUGAGAGAUAACAACAUUUCCGACCAGGGAAUCUGCAGGCUGGUUGACCAAGCUUUGCAGUGUGACCAAUUUCAGAAGCUUGCAUUGUUCAAUAACAAGCUGACGGAUGACUGUGCUCACUCUUUGGCCAGCCUUCUCAAGAACAAGCAGAACUUCUUGGCAUUGAGGUUGGGAAACAAUUACAUUACUGAAGUAGGAGCCAAGGUGUUGGCCAAAGGCCUGAAAGACAACAAUUCUCUUCAGUUUUUGGGUCUCUGGGGCAAUGCAGUGGGAGAUGAGGGAGCCCAGGCGCUUGCAUCUGCCUUGCAUGACCACCGCAGCUUGAAGUGGCUCAGCUUGGUGGGGAACAACAUUGGCAGUCUGGGUGCCCAGGCCUUAGGUCUAAUGCUAGAGAAGAACAUGUCACUGGAGGAACUCUGCCUUGAAGAAAAUCGUCUCCAAGAUGAAGCCUGUGUACCCCUGGUGAAUGGACUUAAGAAAAAUUCAAGUUUGAAAGUCCUCAAGCUUUCCAACAACAGCAUUACCCACCAAGGUGUUUCUGCCCUGCUUCAGGUCCUGGAAAGUAAUGUUACUAUCAAAUCAGUCUGGCUCAGAGGGAACAAUUUCACUCCAGAGGAAAUUGAGCAGCUCAGCCUCAUGGAUGCCAGACUUCUGCUUUGAUCACCAAGAGUCAAUUUGUUUGGGGAGUUUUGAGUUAGGCCUUGUAUACUAGGAAAUUUGGUUUGAUGAAGAAUUAAACUCUGUCCUCCCCAGUUCCUGUUAGCCCCAGGAUAUUGAGUUAGACACUUUCAGAUUGGAGCAGUAUUCAACAACCAAAGAUCCCUCUCUAAAGCCUAUUUACAUCAAGCCCCUACCAGAUUCCACCCUGUAAACUGAAAUUUGACUGACAUAAUCUAGUGAAUCCCUCUGGAGGUUGGUGGGCAUCUCCUGGGUGCAUAAUAUAUGGUCUUAUGCUUUAACCUUCUGAAGCAGAGGAGAGUAAGCUCUGUUAGCUUUAAUUGAAUGUCUGCUUUUCUACAGAAUACUAUGCUACCCAUAAAAAUCCUGAUUGUUUAUGUAAAGGGGAGGGUUGGAGGAUGGUAAUGAAGCUGAAGGAAGGAAAAGUUCAGGAAAAAUGAAUGUCCCCUUUACCCUGGUAGCUCUUUCUCCUGGGCCUUAAGUACGAUCCUAGAUCACUGCCCUGAAUCUAUACUCCUAUCAUGAAUCCUGGGCUCUGAUAUUGCAUCUGUUUGCCCUACCAGUCAAUCAACCCACCAACCAACAAGCAUGCAUUAAAUGUGCACCGUCCUAGGUGCAGUACUGUCCUAGGUGCUGAUCAUAGAAAUACAAAUGUGAGUUGGUUCUUGCACUUGGGGCAGCUAGGUGGCACAGUAGACAGAGCACUGGCCCUGAAAUUGGGAAGACCUGAGUUCAAAUCUCACCUGAGACACUUACUAGCCAUGUGAC